ACGAGUGGAGCUGGGUGCUGCUGCUGGCUCACAGGGUCCGCGUGCGGAAGACGGUGUGUCUUGGAAUGACUGAAGCCCCUUAUGUGACUGAGAGCAGGAAAGCGACCUGCAGGAGACUCAGUACCCGCCCGCCCCCAGAUCAACUACGUAAGGCCCUAGAGUCCUAGCAAGGUGCCCAUGCGGGGCAGCUGAAGCUAAAGCAUUUCUCGUCCACCUUACAUGGAGGGGGCAGAGCUCAGGACACGUCCGGCGUCCACAAGACAGGGCGGAACGGAGACCGUGGAGACUCCGUACAGAGAUGAGGACACUGAAACACAGAGAGAGUAACAAAUCACCACUGAGUAGAAGAGCCAGGAUUCAGAUCCAGAACAAGCUGACUCCAGAGUUCCUCUCUGUACCAGCUGUCAUAUAAUCCCAUCAACAGUUACCUGAGCUCUGCCCUCUCAAAGUAUAGCUGUUCUCCAAAGGAAGAGCCAGGAAGAGGUAGAGGUGACAGGAACUGAACUUCUUAAAGUCAUGUCCCUGGCAUACCUCUUAACAUCUCAAGAGCACUAAGAUUUCUUAGAAAAUACUGUGGAGAUUGAAACCAUAUUCAUCAGAGUUUGGUGACUUUCACAGAUGUGGCCAUAGACUUCUCCCAAGAUGAGUGGGAGUGGCUGAAUCUUGCUCAGAGAAGUUUGUAUAGGAAGGUGAUGUUGGAAAACUACAGCAAUCUGGUUUCAGUAGGUCUUUGCAUUUCUAAGCCAGAUGUGAUCUCCUUAUUGGAGCAAGAGAAAGAGCCCUGGGUGAUGAAAGGAGAGAUCACCGGAGGCCUGUGCCAAGACUUGGAGUAUGUGUGGGUGACUAAGGAAUUAUCUCCAAACCAGGAUGUUUAUGAAGAAAAAUUACCCCAGACAAUAAUAAUGGAAACACUUACAAGGUAUGACCUCGAAUGUUCUACUUUAGGGGAAAACUGGAAAUGUCAAGACCUGUCUGAGAGGGAGCCGGCAAGUCAGAGGACCCACUGUAGGCAAGAGAUAAUCACUCAUAUAGAUAACCUUACUGAGAAAAGAGACUACUCUAACAAAUCUGGGACAAUUUUUAAUCUGAAUACAUUAUCUUACAUAAAGCAGGUUUUUCCUAUGGAAAAGAGGAUAUAUAAUUUUGAUUCAGAUAAGAAAAGCUCAAAAACACAUUCAGUUGAAAAAAAAUACAAGCAAGUUUAUGGAGAAAAGAAACUGUUAAAAUGUAAUGACUGUGAGAAAAUGUUCAGCAAAAUCUCAACCCUUACUCUUCAUCAAAGAAUUCAUACUGGAGAGAAACCCUAUGAAUGUAUUGAAUGUGGAAAGGCCUUUAGCCAGAGUGCCCACCUUGCUCAACAUCAGAGAAUACAUACAGGGGAAAAGCCCUUUGAAUGUAUUGAAUGUGGGAAGGCUUUCAGCCAGAAUGCUCAUCUUGUUCAACAUCAGAGAGUUCAUACUGGAGAAAAACCUUACCAAUGUAAGCUGUGUAAUAAAGCCUUCAGCCAGCUUGCACACCUUGCUCAACAUCAGAGGGUUCACACUGGAGAGAAGCCCUAUGAAUGUAUUGAGUGUGGGAAGGCUUUUAGUGAUUGUUCAUCCCUAGCUCAUCAUCGAAGGAUUCACACUGGAAAGAGACCUUAUGAAUGUAUUGACUGUGGGAAAGCAUUCAGGCAGAACGCUUCUCUGAUACGUCAUCGACGAUAUUAUCAUACUGGAGAGAAACCCUUUGACUGUGUUGAUUGUGGGAAGGCUUUCACUGAUCACAUAGGACUUAUUCAACAUAAGAGAAUUCAUACUGGAGAGAGACCUUACAAAUGUAAUGUGUGUGGGAAAGCUUUUAGCCAUGGCUCCUCCCUAACAGUACAUCAGAGAGUUCAUACAGGAGAGAAACCUUAUGAAUGUGAUGUCUGUGAGAAAGCCUUUAGCCACCGUGGCUCCCUUACUCUUCAUCAAAGAGUUCAUACUGGAGAGAAACCCUAUGAAUGUAAGGAAUGUGGGAAAGCUUUCCGGCAGAGCACACACCUUGCUCAUCAUCAGCGGAUUCAUACUGGAGAGAAACCUUAUGAAUGUAAGGAAUGCAGCAAAACCUUCAGCCAAAAUGCACACCUUGUGCAACAUCAGAAAAUACACACUGGAGAGAAACCUUAUGAAUGUAAGGAAUGUGGUAAGGCCUUCAGUCAGAUUGCACACCUUGUUCAACACCAGAGAGUUCAUAGUGGUGAGAAGCCUUAUGAAUGUAUUGAAUGUGGGAAGGCCUUUAGUGACAGCUCAUAUCUCAUUCAGCAUCAGAGACUCCACACUGGCAAAAGACCAUAUGAGUGUCUUGAAUGUGGGAAGGCAUUCAGGCAGAAAGCAUCUUUGAUUUGUCAUCAAAGAUGUCAUACUGGUGAGAAACCUUAUGAAUGUAGUGUUUGUGGGAAGGCCUUUAGCCAUCGUAAAUCCCUUACUCUUCAUCAGAGAAUUCACACAGGAGAGAAGCCUUAUGAGUGUAAGGAGUGUAGCAAAGCUUUCAGCCAGAUUGCCCAUCUUACACUACAUAAGAGAAUUCAUACUGGAGAAAGGCCCUAUGAAUGUAAAAAAUGUGGAAAAGCCUUCAGGCAGAGUGUACAUCUUGCUCAUCAUCAGCGAAUUCAUAUUGGAGAGUCAUCCUCAAUUGUUACUUCCUCCUCACUCCCAUACCACCAAGUUCUAUAGAUUCAUUAUUUUUACAUGCCUUUCCAGCCUAUGUCCCAUCAUCAUAGUCCAUAAAGCGACCAUCUUAAUUUGCUUCCUGCAAUUCUAUAACUGUUGUCCCUCUUGCUUCUCUCAAGUACAUUUUUAACACUUAGCAGCCUCUCUUAAAAAUAAAAAUAUAUAUUCAUGUUACUCUCCCAUUUAAAA